UUCAGCUUCUUUAAUGUGAAUAUUUUCUGGUUUCUUUUUUCCUCCAUGACAGUAAACUAAAUAUCUUUGGUUUGUGGACAAAACAAAACAUCAUCGUGAGUUAAUUUUUCACAAUUUUGUGAACCAAACAACCCUAAAAAGGACUCAAUGUCAAUAGCUGAUUUCAUCAAUGCGAGUGUCUUUUGGUUUAUUCAUUUAAAAGAGACGUUGCACAUUAAUAAUAAUUAACAUGUGUACUUGAGUCCAAUGUAAAUGUGCCAGAUUUGGCCAUGCAGGCUAGUUUUCAUCUGCAGUCUGUCAAGUGUACAGUGAACAGCUGGUCAGUUACAGGAACGUGGGUUAUUUUAACUACUUGUUUUUUCUUAGCCUUUCUUAUAGGUGAGUGUACAUUUACAGUAGUUGUGCAUAUUUUUACCCUCCUAUGAGAUCAUGUUAAAGUCAAGUCACUCCAGCUUCGUUUCAGCUACAACAACAGUCUCUCCCAGCAGCUGUGACUGGACUGCUGCUCAUCCUCCUGCCGCGAUGGAUAAAUCCUCUUUAUCUCCCUGUGCUGUUAUCACCAGGAGUUUUUUUUAUUUUUAUUUUUUAUAACUACACAUUGUUUUCAAAGCUCCAGCUAUUUCUAUUUGAAAAUAUCGCCUAGCUGUCGCAGAGCCGCAACAUAAAGGCUUCAUGCUAUUUUUGUCAGAGCGAAACCUUGAUGGCUUAUCCUGCUUUAAGUCCUUUUUUGUCCCAUUCGGGGAGAUUAUGGUUCUCUAUAGUGAGCGGAGAUUGAUUUAUAUAAAAAAAAAAAAAAAGGAUGAUCAACUUAACAUGGCUUGGACACAUAGCCUGACACUGACGGAAUGCAUAUAUGGACGAAGACAUAUUUUCUUUUACAGUCUUUUACUUUCUUCUUUUCUGCUCAACUGUCAGGAGUGGCAAAGAGUGGGAUCACGAGGCGUUAAAAAGAGGUAUAUAAAUAAAGGAGAUACAAAAUAAUGACAAUGUUCCUCCAGUGCAAAGGCAGUGGCUCUGUCUCCUUGACUCAGAGGGCUGUCUACUCCCCUGCCUGUGUAUGUUAGAAACCCCACCUACCCCGGUGCUUCUCUCCUCCCCUCUCCUCUCCUCCCCUCCCCUCCCCUCUCAGAUUUCUUGGCCACGGAAUCCCAGACACUGUUUAAUUGCAGAGUGCAAAGGCUUUAGUCGGGCUAAUGAGCGCAGGACUCUUUCACACACUCUCAGAGAGACAGAAGCCCGUAUGGAUUCCGUUACCGGAGGAGCCUCUUGUGGUGGCUGGAUCUCAGGUGGGGGAGAAAGAAGGAAUUCACAAAUUCAGGUACUGCCGACUAUGUGAGAGAAUCUACCAGAGGCAGGAGACAGAGUUAGAGGUGGAGAAAAAGAGGGGAGCGGGAGAGGGAGGGGGAAGGAGGAAACGGGAAAUACACAGCCAGAGAGAGAGGGAGGGAGAGAGAGAGAGAGAGAGAGAAAGACUGGAAGCCUGCAGCAGCAAAUGAGAUAGAACAACGAGGCGGGAGAGGUAGAAAGACAGACAGAGAGGGAGGGAGAGGGGCCCCGAGUAGGAGAGGGCUACAGGGUAAGGAAGAAGAAGGAGUAAGAAAAAGUUAGGAGAAGUAGGAGAGCCGGUGUCCAGGGGAAGGUAAAGAACGGGCGCUGAGAUUAACAACUACAGGAGAAAAGAAGAAGGGAAACAACAGACAGGAAGGAAGGGGAGGGAGAAGUCUUGGGCAGAGAGAAAGAAAAAAGAGCUGAAGAAAAGUUUUCUUGUGGGAAGGCGCAGAUGAGGAAAACAGAGCGAGUGAAUGACUGGGCAGGAGAGAGCAGGGGGGGGAGGAAACCAGUUGUUUUGUAACGCGCUUUCCACACAAUCCUCUGGACUCCUUUGGACAUGUACACAGAAAGCGCACAAACAACGGGACACCACCGAUUUCUUCAGCAUAAAGACACCCCCGCCCCUUGCCCCUGCCAGCACUGUGUCCACCAUGAGCAGCCGUAUGGCCAUCACGGUGGGCCGGGAUACCAACCGGCAUCAGCCAGACAGACGGACCACCCAUCCCUGGACGGCAGGAGAGACAUCCAGGCUCCUCGGGUUAAAAACGCCGGGGGCAGAGCUUUCUUGGUGGACGGGGUUGAGAGAAGCGGUCAUCGCAGCCCACAGAGGAGGCCUGUGUUUGCGGGGCCAGGCCCUUACAGCCAUUCAGACGACUGGGGCCAAGUUUGCCCCUGGGAGUUGAACCCUGCCCAGUGGAGCUACGCACUGGAGUCUGGGGUGAGACACUACCCAUCUGUCAGAGAACAGUGUGGCUGUGUGGCGCCUGGCGACACCAGGGCACACGCCUUGAAGGCUGGAACUCCACACCCUCUCCCUCAUCUUCAGGUCAAAGGUCAAGGAUACAGACUGAGGAGGACUGUCAGGUAUGUCUCUGUGGAUGAGGAAGAGGAAGGCUGCGAAUGCCCCCUCGAGAACUAUCAGGUGGAGCCACACGGUCCCCAUGUGGGUCACUUGCCCGUACCAAAUGGCCACUGUGGACCGAGGCCAGUGCUCUUUGAAGGAGGGGAGGAAAGAGAUAGCCAUCAGGACUGGGGCAAGCAGAAGGGUGGAUCAGAGGAAGGCUAUAAUGGACGCAGUGGCUUUCACAAAGGUUUCUUCCCCACCGAAGUCCCACAAAAUCACCUAAACCACAGCAGACGGAAGGGGCCCGGCAUCCCCCCCUCCGGCAUCACCAGAUCGGACACCUCAGAACUGAAAGCCAACAGUGACCACCAGCACCAGGGCUCGGAGGUAGCGAGGCAGAAGAGGGGGCAGGAUUUGGUGAGGGAUCAAAUCAGACAAGUGGUGACAGAUCUGGAGGACGUGUUGGGGGGUUUGAAGCAAGUUCACGUGGAGAUGAAAGAGGUGGUCGAGCAGAUUGAUCGUCUCACAGCACAUAUUGACCUCAGUGAGGAGGCGUCCUGCAGCACCCGGGUGGCGUCCACUAACUUCGACAGCUCAGCUCAUUCAGGUGACACGUGGGUGGCCCUGCUGCCCAAUCACAAGCCUGCUCCAGUCCCGGCCUCGCAGCACAUUGAUGAAGAGCGCAUCAUCCUAAGGACUAACUCUCCCUCCCCUGUCCACAUGGCAUCUGUUGUUAAAACCAGCCGCUUCACCCGGCCCAGCCACAGUAAGGAGAAAGAGAGGCCAGGUAUGAACGGUCAUCCUCCUCACCUGUACCCCCACACUGGCAGAACUCAUCCGGACCCCCACCCACAGACUCUAGACCCCAAGGUCAUCAUUGGGAACAGCACAUCCAGUUCAAAAACUCAGAAACCUCCUCCAUACCCUCAAAAUGGACGGUGUGGCAAGGGCCCGUACCUUCCUCCCAAACCUGUGAGGACCCCUGCCUACCCUGGGAGAGGCCGCCAGAGCACCAGCAUGGUGUGAAGGAGGUGGGGGGUGGUGGUCUGCCCUGGUGCCAUGGGGGCCUGAAACAUGAGACCCUGCUGCAGCGAGUGACGGUCAGAAGGGGACCAGGCAGGGGAACAACUCAUGCAGGAGCUGAUGCCGCUGAGACAAGCUGUCAGCCGAUGGAAACAGAGCACGACCUGAAGGUGGAGAUAUUUCCAAAGGGAAAACUCCCCCAAGAGUCGACCUGUGACUGCGUCUUGCCAGCAGCAGCAGCAGCAGCAGCAGCAGCAGCAGCACGGACGAGUAGCAGUCGAACCUCUCUGAAAAAUGUUGCUUUUACCGUUACUUGGAGAUGUAUUUGGCAAAUGAUAAGGAAGAACGAUCAACUGUGAACUGCUACAACCACCCAGAGAAACAUAAAAAGUAUGUUUUCAUGCCAGUAUUAAUUUAUUUUUGUACCUUUUUUUCUUUUUUUAAACUGCAAAAACAUCUAUUGUCAGGCAGCUUACACCAGUCUGGAUGCUACCGAUACUAAUGUAUGCUGUAUUAAGAUUUUUAACAUCUAAAGUAUUGUACAGACAUUUCAAAGAUAAAAAACUAUGUAGACGGCUUUUUCUCUUUGCUCCAUGGUUGUCGAAGUUUUGCAAGAUGAAAAACCAGUGACGAGAGAGGAAGGCUGGGAAAGCAGAGAGUGGCGAUUAAACUGCAAUGCAAUACAUUCUCCUGCACUUUUCUCAUACGAAUCAAUCUGACAUCUCAAUUAUCUAACUCUGGAGAUGCUGUAUCGGCUGCUGAAUGUCCCACAUUUUAAAUAAAAAAAUGACGCCA